UCGACCGCGAUGAAGGCCGUGAAGGCGCUGGGCAAGGCUUUCAGAAGGAAGGACACCGCGCCGAAGAAGCAGGCGUCAACGACAUCCAGCGAGGAGACAUGGGACGCAUGUCAUUCCAUCCCCACCGACCAAUUCCAGGCGCCGAUAAACGUGCUCCCCUCCGACGUUCUCCUCGAAAUAUUCUCCUAUGCACACGGGGACAACGAUGGCGACGCCACAGUCUACUGCUAUGUCGAAUGCAGCCGGGUUUGUGUGACGUGGCGCCAGCUCGCGCUCGACACACCGUCGCUCUGGGCGCGUGUCAACCUUUCUUCGACCCUCUGGAUGCGCCGCUCUCUCCGCCGCGCCAAAUCGAGCCUUCUCGUCGUCGAGGCCGAUAUUCAGCGCGGACAGGACAUCGAUCUGGAGGUGCGCUUGGUGGAUGUGUUAGAGGGACACGCGGAGCAGAUCAAAGCCCUUAGUGUGUUACUUCCGGAGCAGCCAACGCAGCGCUUGGAGCGUGCCCUGGCCGGCGGGUUUCCCCGGUUGAUUGCGCUGCGGCUCCGCACCGACGCGAAGCGUGAUCUACCUCUGCUGGGGGCGGAGGCGAGCGGUUAUCCGCGGCUGCAGUCACUUAUGCUCAACUCCCCGCUGCCGAACAUUCUCGGCAUGACCGGUGCACAGCUGACGACGCUCGAUCUCACCGUUGGCUCGCCUGACGCUGCGCUCCUGCGCCUCCUUGCCCCGCUUACGCGUCUCGUGACGGUCAAAAUCACUCUCCGGCGCCAGUUCUGGACGCCCGAUAUCACUGACGUGCCACCAUCGCAGACUGUCCUUCCUGCCCUCCGCUUCCUAUUUGUGACUGACUUUUCCGACGAGGACAUCGCCAUCCGAACUGGGACUCUACUUUCUGCGCUGUCUCUCCCGGCACUGGAACGCUGCACGGUCAACCUAUUUCGGGUGCCUAUUAAAACCCAGCACCUCCACGAGUUCAUCGCCACGACGCUGCAGCGCCACUUCGCCUAUGCAAACCAGCGCACGCGUCUGCGGCUCCAGCGCGAAACCUCAAUCGCGCCGGUCCGCUGCCAGCCGCCCGGCCAGACACGCGAGCACGUCGAUCUCACCUUCCAGUUCACUGCUGAUGACGGCGCGGCCCGCGAGCUAACACUGGCAUGGCACGUCGACGGGAUGGGCUCCGCUUCCGCAGCCCGCGUGAUUGCCGCCAUCGGCAGUGUCCGGGACCUCCCAGUGCCGCUCGUGGCACUCAAAACUGCGCUGGAGUCCGUCGACACCCUCAUCCUGUCCGGCUGGACGCCCGGAGAGGCCGAUAGGGACCACUGGCGCACACUGCUCGUGUCGUGGGCCUCGCCGCUAACGAAUCUGUGCACGCUGGUGCUUGGUACCUGCGCCGGUGCCCAGACGUGGAGGGCCUUGCUGGGUAAUCGGGACGUUGUCGUGCGCGAGCUGGAUGACGAUGUCAUCCGCUUCCGGAAGCCUGCGGGGUACGAGGAGCUGGACAGCAUGUUUGGGGUGGGUGAGUGGGACCGACAUGGCGUCGAGGGAUUUCACCGGUAUAUGACGCGGAGCAUCGGAUGGGACGACUGA